CCGGCGGGGGUGGGCGGGCGCCGGGCGGCAGGUGUCGGCGGCGUCGGCAUUCGGUGGCGAUGGAGCGUCCCAGAGCAGCUGUGUACUGUGUCUCGCGCUGGCCCCACGGCCUCGGCCUCCUCCUCCUCUUCGUUCUCCUGCUGCUGCCGCGGGCCGCGCUCUGCCAGGACUGGCUGGACGCACCGCCGCCGCCCGCUGCGCCGCUGUCGCGCUGGGCCGGCCCCAUCGGGGUGAGCUGGGGGCUGCGCGCAGCCGCGCCCGGGGGCCCUUUUCUCCGCGGCCGUUGGCGCCGUAGCGCGCCUGGCGAGGACGAAGACUGCGGCCGGAUACCGGACUUUGUCGCAAGGCUGGUCAACAACACGCACCAGCAUGUGUUUGAUGAUCUCAGUGGCUCAGUCUCCUUGUCUUGGGUUGGAGAUAGCACUGGGAUCAUUCUAGUCUUGACUACCUUCCACGUACCACUGGUAAUUAUGACUUUCGGACAGUCCAAGCUGUAUCGAAGUGAAGACUAUGGAAAGAACUUUAAGGAUAUCACAAAUCUCAUCAAUAACACCUUCAUUCGGACUGAAUUUGGCAUGGCUAUUGGUCCCGAGAACUCUGGAAAGGUGAUUUUAACAGCAGAGGUGUCUGGAGGAAGUCGCGGAGGAAGAAUCUUCAGAUCAUCAGACUUCGCGAAGAACUUUAUUCAGACCAAUCUCCCUUUUCAUCCUCUGACUCAGAUGAUGUAUAACCCUCAGAAUUCUGAUUAUCUUUUAGCCCUCAGCACUGAAAAUGGCCUGUGGGUGUCCAAGAAUUUUGGGGGAAAAUGGGAAGAAAUCCACAAAGCAGUAUGCUUGGCCAAAUGGGGAUCAGAAAACACCAUCUUCUUUACUACCUAUGUGAAUGGCUCCUGCAAAGCUGACCUUGGGGCGCUGGAAUUAUGGAGAACUUCAGACUUGGGGAAAAGCUUCAAAACCAUUGGUGUGAAAAUCUAUUCAUUUGGUCUUGGGGGACGUUUCCUUUUUGCCUCUGUGAUGGCUGAUAAGGAUACAACAAGAAGGAUUCACGUGUCAACUGAUCAAGGGGACACGUGGAGCAUGGCCCAGCUCCCCUCUGUGGGGCAGGAACAAUUCUACUCUAUUCUCGCAGCUAAUGAUGACAUGGUGUUCAUGCACGUAGAUGAACCUGGAGAUACUGGGUUUGGCACAAUCUUUACCUCAGACGAUCGAGGCGUUGUCUAUUCCAAGUCCUUGGACCGACAUCUCUACACCACCACAGGCGGCGAGACAGACUUCACCAAUGUGACCUCCCUCCGUGGGGUCUACAUAACAAGUGUACUCUCUGAAGAUAAUUCUAUCCAGACUAUGAUCACUUUUGACCAAGGAGGAAGGUGGAAGCACCUGAGGAAGCCUGAGAACAGUGAAUGUGAUGCCACAGCAAAAAAUAAGAACGAGUGCAGCCUUCAUAUUCACGCUUCCUACAGCAUCUCCCAGAAACUGAAUGUCCCGAUGGCCCCCCUCUCAGAGCCCAACGCUGUGGGCAUCGUCAUUGCCCAUGGUAGCGUGGGGGAUGCCAUUUCAGUGAUGGUUCCGGAUGUGUACAUCUCAGAUGACGGGGGUUACUCCUGGGCGAAGAUGCUGGAAGGACCCCACUACUACACCAUCCUGGACUCUGGAGGCAUCAUUGCGGCCAUUGAGCACAGCAGCCGUCCUAUCAAUGUGAUUAAGUUCUCCACAGACGAGGGGCAGUGCUGGCAGACCUACACAUUCACCAAGGAGCCCCUCUUCUUUACCGGCCUCGCGUCAGAACCUGGAGCAAGGUCCAUGAACAUCAGCAUCUGGGGUUUCACAGAAUCUUUCCUGACUCGCCAGUGGGUCUCCUACACCAUCGACUUCAAAGAUAUCCUGGAAAGGAACUGUGAAGAGAAGGACUAUACCAUAUGGCUGGCUCACUCCACAGACCCUGGAGAUUAUGGAGAUGGCUGCAUUUUAGGCUAUAAAGAACAGUUCCUACGGCUGCGCAAGUCAUCUGUCUGUCAGAAUGGCCGGGACUAUGUGGUGACCAAGCAGCCGUCCGUCUGUCUCUGCUCCCUGGAGGACUUCCUCUGUGAUUUUGGCUACUUCCGUCCAGAAAAUGACUCCAAGUGUGUGGAACAGCCAGAGCUGAAGGGCCAUGACCUGGAGUUUUGUCUGUAUGGCAAAGAAGAGCACCUGACAACAAAUGGGUACCGGAAAAUUCCAGGAGACAAAUGCCAGGGCGGAGUGAAUCCAGUUCGGGAAGUAAAAGACUUGAAAAAGAAAUGCACAAGCAACUUUUUGAAUCCAGAAAAGCAGGACUCCCGCUCACAGGGACACAACUUGUCCCAGAAUCCAGCUCCGUCUCCUCUUGGAAACACUGAAAACACACACUCCCUCUCUCCCACCCAGAUGCAGAACUCCAAGUCAAAUUCUGUCCCAAUUAUCCUGGCCACUGUGGGAUUGAUGAUAAUCACAGUUGUAGCAGGAGUGCUGAUUGUGAAGAAAUACGUCUGUGGGGGAAGGUUCCUGGUGCAUCGGUACUCGGUGCUGCAGCAGCAUGCUGAGGCCAAUGGAGUGGACGGUGUGGAUGCUUUGGACACAGCCUCCCGCACUAAUAAAAGUGGUUAUCAUGAUGACUCAGAUGAGGACCUCCUGGAAUAGGUCCUCAAAGGAGCUGGGACCGAGCAUGGAUGAUGGAAAUGCAGUACCUCUUACACUCCCUGUGGCUCCGACUUGGGGAAAUAAAUUUCCCAUUUCAAGAGACCCAGCUCCAUUUCUGCUGCUUCUGUCAAAGCCAGAAGGACCUCCACUAAAGAAAUGCAAGGGAGUGGGGUGGGGGCAGAACCCUAAACACUUACAGUUGGCUCUGAGAAGGGGGGGCAAUUUUUAAAUCUUUAACUUCUUAUUUCAAGUUCUGUCUUUUUUAAAAGUAUGGGCUUUUUUGGUUUUGUUUUUGUUUUCUAAGGGAAAUGAAAUGGAAUUUGAAGGGAACAGAUCACUAACUCCACUCCUGCAUGUUUUGCAUGGCACCUGCCCCAGGGCACCGCCAGCUCCAUCAACUCCCACAAAGUACUCGGUGCCGUCCCUAGGCUUUGCUGGUGACACGAAGCAGCUGCAGAGAUGAACACAAAGGCCAUGGUGACUAGCAUGACCUGGGCAGCCUUUCUGCAUCUGGGGACAGCCCUGCUCCAAGAUUGCUGCACACAAGCUCACACAGAUCCCCACCUUGUUUUCUUUUCAGGGACCAGAGAUCACAGUGAUUUAUCUUUUUCCUGUUUAAUUAGGCAAUACCCUUGUUAAUUGCCCAUUGGCAACUAACUUAACCAUGUGCUUCCAAGACACUAAAUCAGGAAAACUUAAAGGGCAGUAUUUUCAACUGGGGGCAGGAAGAAGGGAGCAGCAGAGAAUUGACUAGAUUUAGCACCUAUUAAAGGAGAAAUUCUUCCUUCUUCCGAGAUCUUUCAAGCCAUGCUUUGUGUGUGUGCCAGUGGACUUGCACAAGGACAGGGUUCAGGUUUACCCUGGAUGUUUGCCCAGGCCGAGUAAUCUCUGCUAGAAUUGAUGGUGGCAUGCCCAGUGCCGCCCCAGAGGACUGAACACUGUCUUCCAUGUGCCCUUCCACCUGCUGUGUUGGCUCAUUGGUGAAUCAUUUGAAUGGCUGCUUAUCUGCUUCCUCUUAGGUGGCUGUUGUACGGGCAGCGAGGACUAAACAUGUUUUCAGUUUAUAGACUUUAAAAAAAAAUCAGAAUUUUAUUACCAGGCUCUCUUCCUCACCCCUUUUCCCCAGGUUGCCAAGCAAUUUAUUGGCAUGAAACUUUUGGCUGAACCAACUGAAAAGACUUCCAGUAUAGGUGAUGUUUUGUGGGAUAAUACAUUAAGUUCAUGUUUUAAAUUUAAGGGAGUUUUCCAUUUGACAUUUUUUUCUAAUUAAAUCAAUUAUAGAAUGUAGCGAGGUGGAUUUUGGGGUGGCUAUAUAGUCAUGGAAAGCUGCAAUAAUUAGUUUUAUACAGCUUGAAUAUUUGCUACACAGGGAUAUAGUAUAGUAUGUCUUUGGUCUUAGCAUACCUACUGUGCUGGUCACGGUGUCUCCCAAUAAUUAUGAUUGGGACAUUUCUCUGGUAACUGCCAUUUUGCUGCUAGUUCAUUUUAUGGCCAGAAAGUCCAUAAAAAGUAAAUGUGCCAAAUUAACUUUUGUCUGAAUGCGUGAGCAGAUGGCUAAGUUCUCUCCUCACCAGAAUGGAAUAACAGCAGCAGGGAAAUGGGGGAGGGAGUAGACUGAGAAUUCUAGAGACUUGGAAACUGCAGUAAAAUCAAAUGAGUCAGGGAGCUUCAGUUAGAAACUAAUGUUAGGGAGGGCAGAUUUUGUGAAGAGAAUAUUUGUUAGAGCCAGAGAGCACUUGUCUUUUAGGAAAAGCUCAUUCAUUUUGCAUGGUUUUUAAAUGUAAAAUAAUUCCAAAGAUAAACCAGCUCACAAAGGAUGAAAUAUCACCUGUGCCCCAGACCCCUCACCUCCUGCCCAAAGUGAACUGGAUGCCCAGGAAAGCCCCACUUCACCUACAUCUCUCCCAGCAUGUGCUCACCCGCAUAGAAGUACUGAGAUGUGGUGAUUCUCAGUCUCUGAGAUCUAGGAAAGUUAAUAAUUCUUCUCUAACCAUAUAAGAGUAGGGCUCUUUAUUUAUAAUGAUACCUGGGGUUUCUAUAAAAAUUAGCAAUUUUCAGAGCAGUUUCACUUUCAUAAUGUCAUUGGAGCCUCACCACGUUCCUGUGAGAUUUUUCUCUUAAAGGUAGGGAUUGUAACCCUAUUUUUAGGAGAUGGACUGAGAUACAAAAAUUGAGUAAACUGCCACGGUCCCUGUGUGUCGUGAGCGAUGCUGGUUGGCCGCCUUCAGAACAAUUGAACUUUCUCUACAUGCAGUGCUCCGUCCCUAGAAUAAGGCUCCUUUCCUUACAGACCAGCUGUUCUGCGGGGCAGGAGUAAGUGGUAUUUCUUUCUGAGCGAUGUUUAGCACCCUUUGCUGCCUUGGUAAAAAUUUUAUUGUUUUUCAUGGCUAAAAACAAAAGUAAUGAUAACUUUGAAAAUGGGUUUAGAAACUGCCCCCCACCUGCGGGUCACAGUUCAAGAGUACAGGAAUGGACUCUCCACUGAUGAGUCCCUCUGCACUUUGUUUCCCAUCCAUGGCUGGCAAGCUGGUUUAGUUGGUUUGAGGACUGCUGACAAGGCUGGCUCAUUCCCUUUAUUGGCUAGUUAACAUUCUACAUCAACCUGCUCACUCAAGUGCAUGCCUUCAGCCAGUGAGUAAAACAGCCUACAUCCAUGAUUUUGUCUAAAGAAUAAAGAUCUCUAUCCCUCUGAUGUUAUGUUAGGAGCAUUAUCUUCGAAAGAAAAGCAUAGCAUAUAAUUGUGUAAAGUCCCGUGCUUGAUAGUAGCAGGUGAUUUCUGGUGGUUUCAACAAUAGAAUUUAGCAUCACAAAAUAGGUUGGACAUAUCAGACUGUCCCAAGUGGGCUGAGCUCUGAAUGCAGGUGGAGAACUUGCCAUCUUUCUUGCUCUAUGGACAGAUGUCUUAGACCUGAGGGGGCACUUUUGGUUUUCAGUGAGACCAGACACCAGGGAUACAUACAUCUAAUUGAAAGGAAACACACUUAGAAGAAUAAAAGUGUUUAGAGCGUGUGGCAGUUCUAGGCUGGGCGCAGAUUCAGUAGAUCAGCUAUAACUGAAACUUAGAAUUGGCCAUCUGCCUCUGAAUAGGUGUGUGUCUCUCUCACUCUUAGCUUUGCCUCUGGACCUCUACAUGCCCAAGCUGGCCUUUCAGCCCCGACAGAUUAGUAAUGUGCUGGCCACCUCCCGCUCCUGCUGCUUUUCCCACCGCCUUUGUCACGACACUGGGAUACAGAGAGGAGUGCCAGGUUGUCCACACCCAACCCAGGUGGGAGGGAUGGCCUGGGUUUUGUCAUUUCCUUCAUUUCCAGACAUGUCAUCCAGGCAGAAAUUCCCGCUUUCCUUUUGGGAGAGCUCUAAAGCACCCUGCCCCGAUGUGCAGUGGCUAACACUCAUUCUGCUCAAUGUCGGCACAGCCCCCUCAUCCCACGUGAAGCCUGGAUACUUGGAACUGCUCAAAUAGGAAUUCAGUUUUUCAACUUUGCUAUACUACCUUUCCUCAGGCAGGAAAAUAAACAGGACUUAAAUGUCUUUUGAACAAAACCAAAGUUUUAAGAUUCACCAUGUGACGGCAGUGAGAGGGAGGGCCAGACUUUCAGCACUGGCUCUCAGCAGGUGCCAGGCUUUCCGUUCCACCUGCCACCAUCUGCCCAGCUCAGACAGCCCUGGGAGCACCAUCCUGCCCUAGCAGAGCCCAGGCUUGCCCUCAUGGAGGAUAAUUGAAAUAGCAGGGGCAUAUUGAUUUCCUGGUUACAUCACAUUAUAACAAGAAUCAGAACAUGAAUUUGAAAUUGUCUUCAACUUGCUGUAUGCAUUUUUUCACACCAGUACAUUCUUAAGCUUUCUUGUUUAUAGAGAAUAACAUAAACUAAUCUGUACCUUUAUACAUAUGUACAUAUAUACAUGUAUAAACUGUAUAGUGUACAUGCUAAUGAUUUAUUGAUAUGUUCCAAACCUUUACUGCAGUUCUCAGCCUCUGCAUGCCCUCAGUUUGUGGUCAGGUAAUGAAUGUUCCCUGAUGAUUCUGCCCGCCUCCUGUGUUUGGAUGUCUAGGGAAGAGGGUUUUGCUCAUACCCUCCUUGUCCUCGUGCACAGAAAUGCUCAGGGUCCCCUUGUGCCUGUUGUUCAACCCUCUCUUGUCUCUUGUUCCCUUUCUGAGCAUGUGGUCUCUUCCUGUUCUGUAUCUUCUCUGCCUCUUUCCCAAGUUGUGGGACAGCCACCUUCCUACUCAAGUGUAAAGCAGUAUUAAGAUCAUUACUGCAUGUGCGCUUAAAAAAACAAAACAAAACUGUUUUCUGUUCCCUUGGGACAGGAAAUUGCAUGUGAGGUGGGUUAAUCAAGUCUCAAUGACCCAUGUCAGUUACACAACAAAACCAGACCGCCCAUAAUAAAAUUCCACAAAAUGGAAAUAAAACUCAAAUUUCUUUAGCAUUGUGUAAAUAAAUCUGGAUGUGUUUAACUUUG